AUGGCAGAUCCUCUUGAGCCAGGUAUGCGAAGGAGCACGACUGCUACAUUUUUUGAGCAAAGGCUUCUGCAAGAUGCUGCCCGAGAGAAGCAGAAAGCACGGCACACGUUGUUGAUGAACCUGAAGGAGCGAGAUUUGCGCGACAGGCCAUCCUCUCAAUUCCUUCGCGAAUGCCGAGAGCAGACUGUUUCUGAUCAGUUCGGUGCAGAACCAGAAGAAACCAUGGGCCAAACGUUUGGAAUCACAGAUGUUCCAAAGAAUUUUGCACAAGCGACUGAACAGGAGGAAGAUGAUUCCCAUAAGAUCGGAGAGCUGCCAAGCACUGCGAUUUGUGGGAAUGAUAUCACUGCUAGCUGUUUUUAUGUCGUUGGAGAGCUCUCAAAAAAUGCCGGCGUGUUCUCUCCCAUUUGCACAAUGAUGUCUUCAUUGACGCUGUAUUGCUUUCGUAGUGUCUACGGUGAGGUGGUGACAGCACUCCCUUUGAACGGCGGGAUCUACAACUUAUUGCUGAACUCUUCAACGAAACAGACAGCUUCAGUGGCCGCCUGCCUCACAAUACUGUCGUACACAGCUACAGGAGUGGUGUCUUCGGUGAGUGCUGCGGAUUAUUUGAAGUGCUCCCCGAUGUUUUCGGGGAUCGAGAGCGUGCCAACUGCAAUCUGCAUUUUGGGCUUCUUCGCUGCUUGCAUGCUGAUGGGCAUGCAGGAGAGCUCGGCCGUUGCCUCCGCACUCUUUGUGUUUCACUUGUCAGUCUUCUUUAUCCUCGGAACGUUCUGUGUGAUCUUUUUGCAGGAUGCUGGACUGGGGCAGCUGUACGAUAACUUUGCAUGGGAGAGGCAGCCACCUUUCUGGAAUUCAAUCUUUUUUGGCUUCUCCUCAGCAAUGCUUGGGGUGUCUGGUUUUGAGACGUCUGCAAAUUUUGUUGAAGAGCAGAAGCCAGGUGUUUUUCCGAAGACGCUUCGCAACAUGUGGGUAGCUGUCUCUAUUAUCAAUUGUGUGCUACCAAGCCUGGCAGUGGCUGUGCUCCCGUUGGAUGAACUCACAGGUGACAAAUCAGGGUUUGCUCUGGCCUUUCUAGCUGAGAGAGUCGCUGGUCCUUUCCUCAGAGACGUGGUUGCAAUUGAUGCUUUACUGGUGCUUUCUGGCUCAGUUCUGACCAGUUAUGUUGGAGUCGUUGGUCUGUUCCAGAGAAUGGCUGGGGACAGGUGCUUGCCAGAAUUCUUCAGCGAGACAAAUUCCUGGCGAAACACUCCGCACUACACUAUCCUGGUGUUCUUCGGAGUUUGCUCAUCAAUGUGCGUAAUGCUGAAUGGAGACAUCACUUUGUUGGCAGCCAUCUACUCGAUCUCCUUUCUCCUGGUGAUGGGCUUGUUUGCAUUUUGCGGCCUAUGGCUUAAGAUCAACCGGCCAACUCUGCCCCGUGAGAUCAAUGCACAUCCUGCUUUCUUUGUGUGUGGUUUGCUGUUGGUGAGUUUCGCCUUCACAGCUGUGGUGCUUCUUCAUCCCGAGAUGUUGACGUACUUCUACAUCUACUAUGGCAUUACUACCACCAUGGUGAUGCUGACAUUCGCCCGAGUGUCCAUCUUCACUGCUUUCCUGCAACUGAUGAGCCAUUCAAAGGCAGCCAGGUUUGUGAUUCAAUGGUUCGUGCACAAGCGAGUUGCUGAGGAGUGGGCGCAUCAGAAGCUGAAGAAUCUGCAAGACCAGGGUGUUGUGUACUUUACAAAGCGUGCCAACAUGAGCCAAAUCAAUCGAGCUUUGCAGUACAUUGAGCAGAACGAGGAAGCCAGAUGGGUGAAGGUUAUCCACUGUUAUCCGGAUGCCGAUCAGAUCCCAACGAAUUUGGAGGAGUACGUCCAAAUUCUUGACUGUGUGUAUCCUACACUCAAAGUGGACUCCAUCCUGGUCCAUGGAGAGUUUAGCCCUGCCAUGGUGCAGUACAUCUCCAAGCGAAUUCAGGUCAAGGUGAACUGCAUGUUCAUCAACUGCCCGAAGAUCGAUUUCAAGCAUCCACUGGACAGGAUGGGAGGUGUCCGUGUCAUUUUAAAUUCCGAGAAGCCGAAUCCGUUUCGCCGUGGACUCAACCUGGGCACAACCUCACCUUUUUUUGGGAUGUCGCCCAUGAAUGCACGAAAUGCAGGAGAGGACUACGCCGCAUUGAUGCCAAAUAAAUCUAGUGAGGAUGAGAAGGAUAUGCAAAGCAUUCCUGGGCUUCCUUUCAAUCUUGAUAAUGAAGAUCUCAACAAUUAAGGGAUCCAUAUUCCGUCAUGGAAUCAUGACGGAAUCUCAAAUCUUAUGCUGGAACA